GCCAGGAGUCCCCGGAGACGCGGACUCGGCGCCUGGUGCCGCGGCGGCCGCUCCUGGUCACUGGUCAGCGCCGCCCCGGCCCCAUCCCGGCCGGCGGGGCCCGUCGCGGGCGUCUCGGGGGACGAGGCGCAGGCCGAGGGCUGCGGCCGCGCCCAGCGCCGUGUCCCCGCGGCCGGCGACGGUGGUGGACACAGGCCCCGACCCCUCCCGGCCUCCCCGGUCCCGGUGGCCGCCCCUCGGCCCCGCCUGGCCCCGCCUUGCCUCCCCCCGGCCUCUGUAGCCACUCCCGGACCUGCCUGGCUUCCGCCCGGCCCCAGUGGCUAUCCCCGACCCCGGUGGUCACCCUCGGCCCAGCUCGGCCUCCCCGCCGCCCCAGUGGUCAUCCCCGACCCCAGUGGCCAUCUCUGACCCCGGUGGUCACCCCCGGCCCUGCCCAGCCUCCCCUCUGCUCCAGUGGUUAUCCCCGACCCCAGUAACCAUUCCCGGCCCCAGUGACCACCCCUGACCCCAGUGGCCAUCCCCGACCCCGGUGGUCACCCCAUCUCCUCCCGGCCCCGCCCGGCCCCACCUGGCCACUAUGGAGUUCGCGGAGCUGAUCAAGACGCCGCGGGUGGACAACGUGGUGCUGCACCGGCCCUUCCACCCGGCCGUGGAGGGGACGCUGUGCCUGACCGGCCACCACCUCAUCCUGUCUUCACGCCAGGACAGCACCGAGGAGCUGUGGCUGCUGCACGCCAACAUCGACGCCCUCGAGAAGCGAUUUGUGGGCCCUCUGGGGACCAUCAUUAUAAAAUGUAAAGAUUUUCGGAUCAUUCAGCUGGAUAUUCCCGGAAUGGAAGAGUCCUUGAAUAUAGCCAGUUCCAUUGAAGCGCUGUCCACCCUGGACUCCAUCACGCUCAUGUACCCCUUCUUCUACCGGCCCAUGUUCGAGGUGAUCGAGGACGGCUGGCACGCCUUCCUUCCCGAGCAGGAGUUUGAGCUCCACUCCUCAGCGACCAGCGAGUGGCGGCUGAGCCACGUCAACAGGGACUUUACCGUCUGCCCGUCGUACCCGCCUGUUGUCAUCGUGCCCAAGGCCAUCGACGACGAGGCCCUGCGCAAGGUGGCUGCCUUCCGCCAAGGUGGACGCUUCCCCGUGCUCAGCUACUACCACAAGAAGAACGGGAUGGUGAUCAUGCGCAGUGGCCAGCCGCUCACGGGCACCAGCGGGCGUCGCUGCCGUGAGGACGAGAAGCUCAUCAAUGCAUCGCUGAGGGCCGGGAAGCGCGGCUACAUCGUGGACACCCGGCCCCUGGGCGCGGCUCAGCAGGCCCGAGCUCGGGGUGGUGGCUUCGAGCAGGAGGCGCAUUACCCGCAGUGGAGGCGCAUCCACAAGUCCAUCGAGAGGUACCACGUCCUCCAGGAGAGCCUCGUGAAGCUGGUGGAGGCCUGUAAUGACCAGUCCCAGAACAUGGACCGAUGGCUGAGCAAGCUGGAGGCCUCCAACUGGCUGACACACGUCAAGGAGACUCUGACCACUGCCUGCCUGGCCGCCCAGUGCAUCGACAGGGAAGGCGCCUCCGUCCUGAUCCACGGCUCUGAAGGCACUGACUCCACACUGCAGGUCACCUCCCUGGCCCAGAUCAUCCUGGACCCCAGGAGCCGGACAGUACACGGGUUCGAGGCUCUGAUCGAGAGAGAAUGGCUGCAGGCCGGGCACCCUUUCCAGCAGCGUUGCGCACAGUCGGCCUAUGGCCCCAGCAGGCAGCGCUGGGAGGCGCCCGUCUUCCUGCUCUUCCUGGACUGCGUGUGGCAGAUCCUGCGCCAGUUCCCCUGCUCCUUCGAGUUCAGCGAGAGCUUCCUCAUCCUCCUCUUUGAGCACGCCUACGCCUCACAGUUUGGGACCUUUCUGGGCAACAACGAGAGCGAGAGAUGCAAGCUGAAGCUGCAGCAGAAGACGAUGUCUCUGUGGUCCUGGGUCAACCGGCCCAGUGAGCUGAAGAGGUUCACCAACCCGCUGUACGAGGCCAACAACCUGGUCAUCUGGCCCUCGGUGGCACCCCAGAGCCUGCAGCUAUGGGAAGGCGUGUUCCUGCGUUGGAACAGAUCCUCCAAGUACCUGGACGAAGCCUAUGAAGAAAUGGUCAAUGUCAUCAAGUAUAACAAGGAAUUACAGGCCAAGGUCAACCUCCUUCGGAGGCAGCUGGCAGAACUGGAGACCGAGGGCGGGGUGGAGGAGACCCCCUGAGCGACCCCACCUCCUCAGGACCUGAGCCCCACCCCCACCCCGUGCCCGUCAGCCCCCUCUUCCCGCGAUGGACCCCUCAAUACUCAUGAGUGAAAGCUGCUGUCAUGCGUGUGCGUCUGUGGCCUGGUAGGUACUUCCUGUGCAAGAGGCGGGCAGGAGGCACCGUCACCGAAUCCCGGUGGACCAGAGUGACCUGCUUGCCCUGGGCUCACCUGCCUUUCAUCAGAAGCUUCUCGAGGCCAUUCGGCGUUGGGAGGUGCAGAGCUGCCCAGGAGAUGCACGGCCUUGACCGGGAAGGGAGCCGAAACGUUUCAGCCGGACACGGUUUGACAGGUCCCGAUCUCUGAGUUUGCCGAGUGGCCUCCCGUCACCUGUGGCACUUAAAAUAGCCAUCCUCUUUAAACAGCUCUGGACGAACAAAGCAAGCUCGCGCUCGAUCUGGUUUGUCAAGAAUGGGAAUUCUCAGUACUUAUUCAAGGUGAAUUUUCUUUAGGAGGGCAACGGGGAGAGCCCGCUGGUCCUUACGUUUGAAAGUGAAUUUUGUUUAACGGUAGACACUAAAAGAAUGUGCAAUAGGGGGGUCGAGCGGCUGUUACUGAUCCCGCUGGGGCGUUCUUCUCCCGUCCCCGGCUCCGCUCUCAGGCUGCCUACAGGGGCACCCAAGGCUCCCUGGACCCGGCCGGCUGCUGUCCUUUAGGGGAGGUGCUCCUUGGAAAACCUCACCGCCCGGCAUGUGUUUUGUUUCUCAUUCCUCCUUUAAUGUACUUUGAGCGUUUGUUACGGUAAAACUGUCGUGUUGCCUUGAGCCUUGGGGAAAGGUGUCUGGACUCUGCUGACUGGUCUGUCACUGUGGGCCAGAGGGUGACAGUUCGGAGCAAGAUGCAGUGCGAAAUGUGAAGCUUCGGAAACAAACUCUCGGUGUGGGCUGUGGUGGUGGUGACCCCACUCCCACCAUACCACGCUGCUCUCGCCUGUCCCCCCACGCGGCGGCCCCGUGUUCUCUCGGUACGCUUGGCUCCGUAGCCCUGUGGGGCUUCAGGAAUCCCUCACAUCUGCGUUCCCUCUGCAGCGUGGAAGGCACAUGCUUUGCAUGUGCUGGGCCCCGCUAGGAGAGAUCCCUGAGCACAGAGCCGGGAGUCAGCCCUGGGCAUCCUCGAUUGUGGCCCCAAAGCAGGAUUAGCUGUAUAUGAACAUUCCAGCAUGAAACGCACCCGGACUGAACAUUCCUAGAGCUACACGCCGAACCACAAACUUGCUUUUAACCAGGACUCCAGGGGGCUGGAGCCAGCACUGCCCGGCCCCCUCAACACCCCCAGGUGUGGCUCAAGGGGGACAAACGAAAGAAUGAAAGUAAGGAGGCGCUGGCCAAAAUCUGUGGUCACUUGGAGGCCUCAGGAGUGGCCAGUUCUUCUCCUGCUGCCCUCCCAGGGCCCCCGAAGCCCUGCCCCAGCCCCUCCCUCCCUCCCCCCUAGAGGCACUCUUAUUCUUGGCUGGUUGUGGCCUGGGGGCUGUGGUCUGCACUCGGGCCUGGAGGCCCUCAGCAGAAGGGACAGAGUUGUCUCCCUCUUGAGCGCUGUGUGAAAUGCUCUCCUGUGUCUGCCAUAGGAAUUGCCCCUGUGCAUCUCCCCAGGGAGCCACGCCCAGCCUUCUCAUGCCGCAUCUGUCACGCAGCUGGCCAACCCGUCCCCUUCCUCUUAGACAUGGGGAGAUCCUUCCCCGGCCACACCAGCCGCUGUGGAUGUGGCCCUCCGCAACUCUGAUGGGUGGGUGGGUGAUCCAUGGAUCCGUGGGUGGGCCCGGGGAUGUGUCCUUGGGCCUGGAUACACUGGUCGCCCUGUCUCGGCCUCGUGCUCCCCGGGACUGUCCCUCGCCGCCCAGAGCCAAGGAAUACCUGGACAGUGGUGGCCAUGCUUCCUUCCCUCGGAGACCGUGCUUGGGGCUGCUUGUUGGGUUUGCGUUUUAACCUUCACCUUGUGCUCGGGGAUGGUUGAGGCCUCAGCAAUGUCUGCAGGUGGUGGGAACAGGCGUCUGGGGUGGCUGCACACGUGCUGAGGACGGUUUCAGCCCUUCGUGGUGCUGACGCCCGCCAGCUGCUGGCUGGAGAAUGCUGUGGUGCGGUGUGCCCUGGGAAAACAUUCGGGGACGUGAGGAGAGGGGCCUCGGACUCAGUCAGUGAUGGUCUAGGGACGGAGAGCCAGGCUUCUGUGUGCUGAGCACCACCGACAGGGGUGAAGGUACCCCACGAAGACUGAGCACCCGCUGCCCUUCUCUCUCCAUGGUACUCAGGUCUCCGGGAGGGGAUUCUUAAGAGGCAGAAUAACACGGUGGCUCAGACCGAAACGUCAGCCCUUGCCGCUGGCCAGGAUUCCUGCAUUCACAUGGCUCCACAUCUGUGCCCUGCAACCACUUUUUUUUUUUUUUUUUAAAGACCUCUUGGUAGUGGAAAGCUUUCAUUUUAAUUUUAUCAAAUGGGAAAGAAAGAAGUGAACCGAAAUUGUAAAAUCCAGUAAGGUUUAAAAUAACAUAUAGGGGGCUGGAGCAAUAGCACAGCGGGUAGGGCGUUUGCCUUGCACGCGGCCAACCCGGGUUCUAAUCCCAGCUUCCCAUAUGGUCCCCUGAGCACCGCCAGGGGUAAUUCCUGAGUGAAGAGCCAGGAGUAACCCCUGUGCAUCGCCAGGUGUGACCCAAAAACCAAAAAAAAAAUUAAAAAAAUAAAAUAACAUAUAAAGAUGUACUGUUUCUCAGAAAUAGCAUUGGACGAAGCAACAUUUUUAAAGUGGCAUUUGGGAGAAGGUGGCGAGGUGCCACAGCCCCAGCUAGGGAGCAGAGAGUAUCGCUUGGCCGCCCAGGGGCCUGGCUUGGGGGCGAGUCGGUGCUUCCUGGGAGAGUGCCUGAGAGUUUGAUCUUGGUUCCGUAUUUGUUUUGGGUUGUUUUUUUUUUUUUGGCUUUUUGGGUCACACCCAGCGAUGCUCAGGGGUUCCUCCUGGCUCUGCACUCAGGAAUCACUCCUGGCGGUGCUCGGGGGACCAUAUGGGAUGCCGAGGAUCAAACCUGGGUCGGCCGCGUGCAAGACAAACGCCCUAACCACUGUGCUAUCGCUCUGGCCCCUUGGUUCCAUAUUUGUAUCGAGUCAGAACACACACAUACACAUAUACAUAUACACAUAUAGCUCAAUAGUAUGGAAAAGAAUUUCCUGUAAUCGUUUUUUUUCUUUUUAAAAUUGAGGUGGCUUUUUUUUUUAACUUUAUUUUUUUAUUGAGUCUCAGUGAGAUACACAGUUCCUGACUGGGUUUCAGUCAUACAGUGUUCCAGCACCCAUCCCUCCACCAGUGUAUGUUUUCCAGCACUAAUGACCCCAAUUUCCCUCCCACGCACCCACCCUGCGGUAAUUGUUGAUUCGAAUGAAAGAACAGGAGGAACUUUCAUCAGGUGUGGCCCCAAAAAACAAACCAACAAACAGUCCGCCUACAGAUGUCACGGGUUUAGGGACUGGCUGUUGCACUCGGCAGGUUCAUUUCUGAGUCCGACGGGGAAGUCUCGGUCUGCACACACCAGCCUUCGUGAGUGGGAGCUGCCUAAGGGUGUGCCAGGCCCCCGAGAGCAAGGCACCGCCCGGGCCCUCUGAGGACGAAACAGAGGUGGGUCCAGACUGGAACCCUGCUCCCGGCCCAGACGCUCUGGGACGCUGCGGUGAGCGGGCAGCGGGACCCUCUUGUGCAGGUCUGUGCUUCUCCCAAUAGCAAAACGCUUCUGUUCUCACUCUGGCACGUGGCUUUUUACCAGCUCGUAAUUUUACGGGACUCACCACCUUGCGGAACCCAAGGUGAUCUCUCCAUGUUCCCCGCAGGUAGCGGGAAGUGCCCACAUCCUCAGAGAUCAGUUUUGUCGUUUCAGUUUUCUUGGAUGGUCCCACCUUUGCCUUGACCCUGCCUUCACGGUCCAGUGUACGGGCAUGGUCCGCUGUGCCAGCGGUAUGGGGCGGGGCACGUAUGUGCUUUGCAUGUCUAUCCCGGGCCGCCUUUGUGGCACCACCAAAACCCAACGGAAACCAGUGGCCCCACAGCGCGAAGGCCCUGAGGUGCGAGGCUGGCGCUAGCCCGUCUGCACCCUGACCGAGCUUCCGCCGGGAAGCCCCGCGCCUCUCCCGCACUCCCGAGAGAAGCUGCCUGUGCUUGCUUUCCCGGAAGACGUUGGCACCCACCAUCAACGCUCCCUGUCCCGAAAGGCUGUGGCUGCUGAGGCGCCGCUUCGGGUCUCCAGACUGACCCUGUGCAGCUUGUGAGGAAAAUGAGUUGUUACAGUGGUGCCUGUGGCCAUCUGCCUGAGACGCCUGCUGCCCUCUGGAGAUGGCCCUGCUGUGAGCCGGCCACAGCCGCCCGCCCGCCCGCCAACGUCUGGAAUCCGCUAGCCCCCGACCCGUCUGCAUUAAAGUCCCUUCACAGCGCAGUCCAGGUGGACCUUGUGUUCCUCAGUAGCCUGCCGUUCGGGUCCUACUCUUGAUCUGUGUGGAUGUGACUGAGUAUAAGUGCAGUGUCCACGUCUCACACAAUAAACUCGCACUGUGCAGCAAAUGUGUCUAAUGCUUCGCUAAGGCCGCAGAGAGCUUGCGUGUACGGGUUUCUGUGUUGUGAGCCUGAUAAUAUUUCCCCCUGUGUAUAAAAUCCCGGGAGGAAGGCUGAACUCCCCUCAGUUUAUGGGACAUUCGACUAUUCCUUUUAGUGUUCUCUCGGUGGUAGGUUCACUUACGUCCCCAGAUGAGACUUCUUCAUCUUGGCGGGCUUCGUCACGGAACUGAGAGUCUUGUCCAAGGUUUUCUCUUAGUCACAGGUGUGCGUACGCUCUUCUCUCUGCCUCCCCGAACUGGGGGCACAGAGGCUGGUGUCGAAUUCCUGUAGAAAAUGGUAAUAAAAUUUGAAUAUAUUGCUGGUAAAUGAAA